AAUUCUACCCGUGCGCAGCGAUGGGAGGAGGGAUGGAACCUCAGUCAGGGGGAUUUGGCCAGGGAUAUAAUGCACAGCCGCCCGCUCCUCAAUAUGGACUUGGAGGACAACAACCAACAGGCAAUGGUUGGAAUUGAUAUUGAAAUUGACAAAGAAGACCCAGACACACAUGGCACAGUUCACAGUGCAAUCAAGUCUCUCCCAACUGCGGCUCCUCCAGGACAAUCGAGUUCUUCGACAGUGGCUCGGCAUCAGCUCUUUAGCCGGCGGCCAGCCAAUGAAGCCCACCCAAAGCCGGACCUCAACUUUGCGCCGUCGAGCGUGAAAAAGUUGUAUCAACUGAUAUGCUCGCAGUACUCGGACUAUGCCUUUAUCUAUGCCCUGAGCGCCCAGCUUAGCCAGGAGUGCGUACCCAUGGACUGUUACGUCUACUUGAAGAUGGUCCUGCUGGCCAGCAUUGCGUCCAUCGAGCCGGACGAGUUGCGGUCCCCCAUCUCGCUGUGCAUCAUUGCCACCGACAGCACCAUGGCCAAUCGUCUGAUGUCCAGUGUGGGUCAGUUGGCGCCACGUUUCCUGGGCCCGCACGAGGGCGGUCUGCAGGCCACGCACUCGGCACUGCCCGUGCGCUACAAUUGGGUGGUGGCCAGUCCCCUGCUGAUGGCCCAACAGGGCGUUUACUAUGUCGGUGACUGGACGCGUCUGUCCCGCGAGCAUGGCGAACAGCUGGAGAAGGCUAUCGAGAACGGAGCGGUGCCCGUGCCGCAGACCCAGGGCGAGCAGCCACUCGAGGCCGCCAUUUGGACGCACUGGCAACCGGAGAAUGCCACCAAUCAGACAGUGGCCUUUGCCAAACUGUGCCCUAUCUUUGGCCUGCCCAUUUACAUGGGGGAGAAGGUGAGCGACAGCCUGUGGGGUUUUCUGCUCCAGCUGCACAGCGAGGACGGCCAGAAGACGGAGCAGGAUGGACUGAACGUACCUGAAGAGGAUUUGCGCAUGCUCCUCGGCUUGCUGCACAAGCGCAAGGUGGUCUUUGGGGAUGCGGCCCAAUGCUUGCUGCAAAAAUACUAUGUGAUCUCACGCAAGCAGCGACCAAGUGUCUUGUUCUUUGCCACGUAUAUUGUGCUGAAACAGUUCGCCGAGUCGUUUGCCAAGCUGGCGAUGCGGUUGGAAGUCCUCGAAGCGGAUGUGAUCGUAGCCAUUUUUCAUUGCGAGCACUUUGUGCAGAAAAUAUUUGGUGCCCAAGAGAUGCCCGCACCAUCAAUGGAGACAUUCAGUGUGAUUUCCCACAUUGAUCCGUACAUGGAUGAGUUCACACGCUGGCUGUUGAAUUACCUCGAUCGAUAUGGCGAGGAACAGCUGGGCAUUCAAGUCAAGCGCCGCAGUACCGGCAGCUGGGACCAAAUGGAAUAACACAACACUCAGUUAACUAUAAGUUUUAUAUUUUUUGGUUUUUUUUGUAUUUUUUUUUGUAACUCGUAAGGCGCUCAAAGCAAACAAACAACUGCGAUGUGGUCUUACGCAUAUUAACCAGUUGUGAUUCAUCACCAUGUCGUUGGUGGCUCUAAGUGGUACAUUACCUUAUUACCUUUAGAAAAGGUACGAGAAAUGAAGCCAGGCAAAAGAAAUGCCAUGCCACUAACCGUUUUACUUUCAUACAUCUAUUAUUCCAAAUAUUCAAACAAACCAAAAAUGUAAUCACCAAAUAGG